GAUAUCUACUGUCUUUACGAGGAGACAUUACCUGGCCACCAAGGUCCCGAUUUAUCACCUUGUAAUUUUUGGGGACAUUUAAAGGCCCGUUUCAAACCUUUAGGAUCACGGUCCCCAGAAGCGAAAGCUUUUAUACAAACAGUUGGUAUCACCGACCAUCUGUUUCCAAGUGAUCCAGUGAACACUGGAUUUAACUUCGAUCUUAUAUUUAAGAUCUCCAAAGUUUUAUCACGCGUUAAAACUUUCAAAGUUACUGAUCCACUCUCGAUAGUAGAGAACGCUGGAUUCUUAGAGUAUACUAAAAAGUUACAACCUCUAUAUUCUGUCCCCAGUAGAAAACAACUUACAACCAAAUUAUUACCACAAGAAUAUGAUAUUAUACACUACAAAUUAAAAUCUAUGCUUGAAACAAUAACUGAUUUAUCUAUCACUACCGAUAUGUGGACAUCGGAUUUACUUGCUACUCGGGAAGUUUUUGAUAGUCAUACUGGUAUAAAUAUAGCAACUACUCUGAAAAAUAUUUUUAAUGAAUGGGACAUAGCAGAUAAAAUAGUAACUAUAGUAUCUGAUAAUGGGUCCAACAUAAAAAAUGCUAUAAACGAACAUCUGCUCAAAUAUCAUCAUCCGACCAUAGUAGGUCACUUUAAGCACAGCUCUCAUGCUACUGGUAAACUUAGAGAAUUUCAAUUACAAAUGAACCUACCAAUAUUAAAAGUGAAACAAGAUGUUGUAACUCGAUGGAAUUCGAGUUUGAUAAUGAUUGAAAGACUGAUUGAUAUUAAAAAUCCACUAUCCGCUACCAUGUCAUCUCUUCCUCAAGCACCUAACUAUUUAAAUGCGUGUGAAUGGGAAAUAAUAUUAGAUUGCAUUCAUAUUUUAAAACCGUUUGAGAUUAUGACUGCUGAGUUAUCGGGAGAAAAUUACGUAACUAUUUCUUCUAUUAUACCAUUAAUUAGAGGCUUACAACAUAUUUUAAAAAGUGUACAAAUAAAAACUUCUAUAGAUGAAGCAUUUAAAAAUACAUUAAUAGAUGUAGCCAAUCGGCGAUUGGGUCAAUUAGAAAAGAAUAAGAUUGUUGCUAAAGCAACAUUUUUGGAUCCUAGAUUUAAAAAAACUGCUUUUGGAUUACUCGAAAAUGCUAAUAAUGUACAAAAGUGGAUAUCAGACGAACUAACACCGAUGAUAAUAUGUGCAAACGAUAUUAAUAAUUUCGAAGUAAAUAAAAUUCAGUCUACAAUAACAGUAACAGCAUCAACUUCUGAUACAAAUGAUUCAAUUUGGGAUCAUUUUGAUAAUAAAGUUUCACAAGUUCAAUCUUCUUCGAGUCCAUCUACAACUUCAACUUUAAUUAUUCGCCAAUAUUUAAAAAUGCCACUGUUGGAUAGGAAAAAAAAAUCCAUUACAUUUCUGGAAGCAGCAUAA